UUGGUUCGUCACGUCGUCGCUUUUCGUUUGUAACUUCCACCUGUCAAAGCAUCUUCGGAACGGUCAUUACUAAUAUUCAGUCGAAAGUAAAGUAACGUUUAAAGUGCCUUUUCUCAUUGGCUUCUUUGGGGUUAUUGGAUACAACUGAUCGGCCAGAACUCAUACAGCGCCGACGCAUCACUUUAACCAGGAUGGAGUUAAUGGUGGACACCGCUCAGACCCAGGGUCAGACCCAGAGCCAGGGGGGUCAGGCUGUCUCCCCUCCCUCAAUCUUCCCGUAUCGCUUCACCUCGGACGGACGUCUGUGUCACCGGGUCACCCAGGAGCCCUUCAUGUUCCAGAGGGGCUGUGACCCAGACGUCACCCAGAGAGAGGACCAGGCUUUAUGUCUCCACGUCACCCAACACGUUCACUCUCUCCUGGAGGAGCAGCUCCACCUCGUCAGCCAGGGCUACGUGUACCUAUCCCCUGGGGCCCUGGAGAGCCCUGCCAACCUGUUGGUGGUGGUCCAGGACCGGGGAACGGUGCGCUGCGGGCUGUGGAGCUGGAGGGCUGCUGCCAGCGAGGGUCUGGAGAGAGGCAGCAUGAUCCCCUAUGUGAGGAGGGUCCUGGAAGAGGGCAGCUCUGUCCUCCUGAUGAACCCCAACCAAGGAGGAGGUGCUGGGGAGACUCCGGAGGAGCACGUCCACCGCGUCUGGGACCUCAUGGUGUCGCGCUGCGUCUCCCGGCGUGUUGUCGUGGUAGCGCACGGUUACGGAGGCCUGGCGUUCGUGGACCUGCUGUGCCGACGACCGCAACAAGUGGUGACGCAGGUGUGGGCGGCGGCCUUCCUGGACUCCUCCCACAGCCUGUGGCACCAGCCAUUGGACGCGGCGGGUCGAGAGUGGCUGAGGACACGCUCCAGGAGGUGGGUACUGAGCUCCAAGCCCCUGAAUCAGCCAGUGGGGUCGUUGAAAGCAGGAUGCCCUCAGAUGUCAGCUGGUACACAGAGUCAUGACGCCGCUCCGUCUGUCUGCAUGGAGUCGGUGUUUAGGUUCUUCUCCAAAACGCUGAGUCCUAAACCGCCCACCACCUUCAGCAUGGUGACCCGCAGCAGGGGCACCGCGGGACAGAUCAGGCCUCACAGCGGGAGAGGCAUCACCGGGCCUUACUGACAGCACCAGUGAAGUACAGGGGCACCGCGGGACAGAUCAGGCCUCACAACGGGACAGACAUCACCAGGCCUUAUUGACAGCACCAGUGAAGUACAGGGGGACAGAUCAGGCCUCACAGAUCAGGCCUCACAGCGGGAGAGGCAUCACCAGGCCUUACUGACAGCACCAGUGAAGUACAGGGGGACAGUGGGAAUUGAGUAUUUAUCUUUCGCUCAGAAAGACACUUGGUCUAAUUCAUGUUAAAUCAUUUUUCUGGACACUGGAUGAAAUCAUCCUAAAUAUUUUUAGUUUAAUUUUGUUAAGACACUCCAGGACC